UUCCAACCUACCCCUCCUACAGAAUGUGCAUAUUUCAUGUGAUCAAGAAGGCGUUUGACAUGGCAGGGACGUUGAGGCUCUCUCGAUCUUCAUCGAUCGCUCUGUUUAGUUUUAAGGGAGCACGUCUAAAUAAGAGCGUCUGGAAUAAGAUACCGAAGCACUGGAUUUUCGUUUCUGCGCUAUGUAGAAGCGAUAAGGUUUCUGUGGGUUUUAAAAGUGGUUUUCCCGUCAUUUUACUUCCUUUACCAUCAAGGAGGGAACAGUGUGAAUUUGUUCUACGCCCACUGACGCACACAGUUAAAGACUUCUUGGAAAACAUACAAAAAGAAGACAAGGGAAUUGAAAGAGCUACAGUUUACAAUGUAGAUGGCUCUAGAAUUUCUGGAAGCACAGGAGUUGAUGUGUUACUGCAGUCUGAUUUUAAAGUGGUUUUGAAUGACAACUCAUAUUUUGUAUCAGUACCAGAUGAGACCAAACCUCCAAUUGAUGACUUUAAAACAGUUGCACAUGUUAAAACCUUGGUCCACCAGUUGUACAGUGCUAUGAACAUAGAGCAACAUCAGCUGGAAAAAGAACGUUAUUUGAUGGCAGAGCUGGAAAAACUUCAACUAGAACUAAAGCCUAUGGAAGACAUCAAAGCCGAAAUCGACCGCAAGUCAGCUCAACGAACCAAUAUUGUAGUGUGGGGUGGGCUGGGGUACAUGGCAUUCCAGUUUGGUCUGUUAGCAAGAUUGACUUGGUGGGAGUACUCUUGGGAUAUCAUGGAACCUGUAACUUAUUUUGUGGGAUAUGGAACUGCCAUGGCUUGCUACGCUUACUUUGUGUUGACAAGACAGGAAUUCCUUUACCCCGACGCCAGAGAUAGGCAGUUUUUACUGUUUUUCCACAAGCUUUCAAAGAGGAAAGUAUUUGAUAUUAGGCGAUACAACGAAAUUAAAGAUGCUAUACUAAAAAUUGAAGCAGAUUUACAAGUUCUGCGCAGUCCGUUGUUCUUACAUUUGCCUGAAAAUGCUCGGAUGGAGCUGUUGGAGAAAAUUUCUCAGAAGGAGGAUGAAAAAUAACUUUGAGAUAGAAAUAUUCCGUUUAAACCCGAAGUGAGGUGUACUUUUUUUUUGUAAUCUUCCAUGGACUGUGGCGAAAUAAUUAUAAUAAAAAUAAUUCUUAA